AUGGAUGUAGUAAAGAAAUUGACGUAUGGACUAAAUUUAAAAAAUAACGAUUUGAUGAAUUUAAAAGAAGAAAAUUUAAAGCCAUUAAAAAAUAUAAUAAAUAUAAAUACUACUACAGUAUCAGAUAUAAAUAAUAGUAAAAAAAAAGGGAUAAUAAAAGAUUGCGAAUCUAUAAAAUUUUCAAAUUUUAAAAAAAAUGAAAAGUUAGUAAAUGCAUAUAUGAAGGAAAAUGACAUAAACAUCGAGUAUUUUAAUUUGAACAGAGUUGUGACCCCUAUUCGUUUUUUUAAUGAUAUUGCUGAUUGUAUUGAAAAUGUAAAUUAUGAUCAUAACAAACUUGUUCAAAAUGUGGAUAAAUCUGACAAUAAUUUUUCUCCAAAAGUGAAUAAAGAAAAUAUUUGUGAUAAUAUAAUUUCAGAAAAUAAUGCAACCCUUUUAAAAGCUGAGAUGAAUAAUAUUGGCGAUAAAAAAAUUAAAAAUGACGAAGCAAAAAAUGACGAAGCAAAAAAUGACGAAGCAAAAAAUGACGAAGUAAAAGGGGGCGAAGUAAAAGGGGGCGAAGUAAAAGGGGAUGACGUGAAAAAACUUAUGAAUACAAUAAAGAACACAUUACAUUUUGACUAUCCCACAUCUAUCCAAAAAAUAUGUAUACCCUCAAUUUUAAAUGGGUUUAAUACAAUUUGCAUUUCCCAAACUGGAAGUGGUAAAACAUGUGCUUUUUUGAUUCCACUUCUCCUAAAGUUAAUUAGUUAUGGGAAUGUAAGUAAUGUAAGUAAUGUAAAUAAUGAUGGUAAUGGUGGUGAUAAUAAUGUAAGUAAUGGUGGUGAUAGCGAAAGGGGUGACAGCGAAGGGGGCGAGUCGAUUUAUUUUCGAAGUCUUGUAAUAGUCCCAACUAUCGAAUUGGGUGUCCAAAUUUAUGAACAUGCAAUAACUUUAUUUGAGUCGUUCAGAAAAUUUAAUAUAAUUAAUCUUCAAAAGAAAGAAAUUGAAAUUAACAAAAAUGUCGAUGUAUGUAUUUGUACACCCUUAGUACUUUUACAAUUAUUAGAAAAAGAAAAAAAAAUAAGUUUGCAAAAAUGUUUUUAUAUUGUUUUUGAUGAAGUAGAUAAGCUUUUUGAAAUAAAGUUUUUAGAACAUGUUAAUUAUUUAUUAAAUAAAAUAAAAAAUAUAAAAAUUCAAAAAAUAUUUACAACAGCUACAUUACCAGGAAAAGUUAAAUCAUUUAUAAACACAUUAUGUAUAAAUUAUGCUACUGUUUAUUUUGGUAAAAAUAUAAAUAUCAUAAAUAAUAAUAUAAAGCAAGAAUUAAUUUAUAUAAAUAGUGAAGAUGAUAAAUUUAUUGUUUUAAAUAACUUAAUAAAAAAUAAAGAAAUACAUAUACCAGUUUUAAUAUUUACAGAUAGUAUAGAAAAAUGUAAAUAUGUUUAUAAAAAUUUAAUAAAAUUAAUGGAAAAUGUUAAUAUAAAUAAUAUAAAUUGUGCUUCUUAUAUCGAAAUGUUACAUUCUGAUAAGUCUAAAGAAGAUAGAAAUAAAAUAUUUCACAAUCUUAAGUCUGGAAAUAUUUGGUAUCUUGUAUGUACUGAUAUUAUAAGUAGAGGUAUAGAUAUAAAUGGCAUUGAAACAGUUAUAAAUUAUGAUGUAUGCUAUGAUAAAUAUAAUUACAUUCAUAGAAUUGGUAGGGUUUGUAGAUCAGACAAUAAAAGGGAAGGUAAAGCGAUUACUUUUUUUACUAAAAAUAAUAUUAAAUAUAUGAAAGAUAUUAUACGAUUUGUUAAAAACAGUGGAACAAAAAUUCCAGAUUAUUUGGAAAAUUUUAAAUUCGCCCCGACACCGAAAUUUAACCACUUUGCUAAGCCUCGCCAGGGGCAGACCCCCCCCAAGGCGAGCGGAAAGGCAAGCGGUAAAUCAAGCGGUAAAUCAAGCGGUAAAUCAGCCAAAAAAUCAGCCAAAAAAAUGAGCAAAAAUGGAAGGCUAGUUUGA